GAUUUUGCAUGCGACCAGUGUGAAAAGAAAUUUCUGAAAAAAUCGAGUUUAUUGACGCACCAAAAAUUAAUACAUAAAGAUCGUGAACAUUUCCCGUGUAACAAGUGUGAUAGGAAGUUUGAAAAUAAAUCAACUUUACUUAAACACAAAAAAAUAUUCCACGAAGUUUUUAAAGACUACUUAUGUGAAAAGUGCGCCAAGAGAUUUUCAAGUAAGCAGAGUUUACUCACACACGUAAAGGAAGUCCAUGAGAGUUGCAAAAAUUUCGUAUGCGACAAGUGCGAGAUGAAAUUUAGAGGAAAAUCGAAAUUAAUCAGACACCAAACGACAGUCCAUGAAGGUUGCAAAGAUUACACAUGCGACAAAUGUGAAAGGAAAUUUGAGAAAAAAUCACAUUUGUUUAACCACGAAAACACAGUCCAUGAGUGUCGCAAAGAUUUCGCAUGUGAUAAUUGCGAGAAGAAGUUUGGGUACAAAUCGCAUUUGCGCGUCCAUCAAAAUUCAAUCCAUGAAGGUCGCAAAGAUUACGCGUGUGGUGAAUGCGAGAAAAAAUUUACACGAAAACCGAGUUUACUUUUGAAUCGAAAAACGAUACACGAAGGCCGUAAAGAUUUCACAAGCGACAAGGGCGACAAGAAAUUUGGACAUAAAUGUAAUUUUCUCGUACACAUAAAAACAGUGCACGAAGGUCGCAAAGAUUUCGCAUGCGACAGAUGUGAAAAAAAAUUUGGACAAAUAUCGAAUUUGAUCCGCCACCAUUAUACAGUCCAUGAAGGUAGUAGAGAAUUUGGUUGUGACAAUUGUGAGAAGAAAUUUGGACUGAAAUCAGAUUUGUCUAAGCAUCAAAGAACAGUGCAUGAAGCUGUGCAUAUUAGUUCCCAGUAAACUGUGGAGAUUUUAGCGAAGAUCAAGGAGAAUAGUUCCAUCAAUACAUAAAACAUAUAGAGCAGCUAUCAAGGUAGAUCUAGGAUUUGCGAUGAUGAUAAAUAGACAUCAAGGAAAUAACGUAUGACGAUGUUAGAUUUAUAACCUAAAAUGAAAAGUAAUUAAAUAAAGUAUCUAUACCAGUCAGUGUAAUAGCUAUUUGGGUCAAAUUUUUUAUAAACCAUUACUUAUUUAUGCGA